AUGCCGAUAAAUAAAGAUUUUUUUUUUUUUGCAAAAAUAGUGCUCGCAGUGUUAUCAGCUGCGAGUGUGUAUGCUGUGGAUAUCAAGAUAUUGGAUACACCAGAUAUAAAACUUCAACUGGAAAAUAAUCCCUAUGGUGGAAUUAACGUUAUAUCCGAUCGCAAGGGUCUCCGAGAAACCAUUUCCGUGAUAGGCCGUCACGCAGGAGACAUUAAAGAUACGAAUCAAGAUGGAGACAUCAUCCUACAAUACGAGAACGACACACGACUCACUAUUACGGCUAAAGAAGUGACCAAUGGCCAUCUCAUUACUUUUACCUGGCUCUCAGGAAACAAAGAGCGGCUUGAAGAUUGCGUUAACUUAGGUAGCCAUCAUUGGUACGGAGGACCUCAACAAAAACGUCAGUACUGGCCAAUCGAAAAGCUACUUUUACAAGAUUAUUCCUACGUCACGAAAGAAGCAGACAAUUGUGCAGUUGCAGAACCUUACUGGCUCAAUUCUAACGGCAUUUUCUAUUACUUCGACAAGAAAGUUCCCCUUUUCGUCAACCAGAAUAACAUAGAUAAGAAUGCUGCGUGUUUCUAUGCAGAAAUAAAACCUCCCUAUUCAAAAAAGAGGGAAAUAAACGAAUUAGUUUACGCUUUGGGUAUUUUUGAUAACCCAAGGGCAGCACAUGAGUUUGCCAUAGAAAGAUAUUUGAAGAAACCCAAUGGAUUGCCAGAUGAAGGCAUGUUAACGUACCCUAUAUGGUCUACGUGGGCAAGAUAUAAAAGAGGGAUUAACCAUGACGUAGUAUUAAGGUUUGCAAAUGAAAUCAUUACCCAUGAUUUUAAACGCAGUCACAUCGAGAUAGAUGAUGUUUGGGAAAAAUGCUAUGGAUCUCUUACUGUGGAUGAGAGGAAGUUUCCUGACUUUAAGAAUACUAUUGCUAAUUUAAAAGAGAUGGGAUUUAGAGUUACGAUGUGGGCUCAUCCGUUUAUUAAUAAGAAUUGUGAACCAUGGUAUUCGGAGGCAGUGGAAAAAGGUUAUCUGGUAUUAUCCGAAUACGGUUCAGUAGAAACCAGUUGGUGGAAUGACAAUGGUACCACCACAGCAUACAUCGACUUCACCAACCCAGACGCGCGUGUCUGGUACACGGACAGGCUGAAGAACUUGCAAAUGGAGUAUGGCGUGGAUAGCUUUAAGUUCGACGGUGGAGAGUCUAGUUGGUCGCCGCAGAUUCCAGUACUUAAAGGCGAUCAACGACCAGGCGUCAUAACGGCGGAUUACGUGCGAACUGUGGCACAGUUUGGGCCUUUAGUGGAAGUUAGAACUGGAUAUAGGACGCAAGAUUUACCCGUCUUCCUGCGCAUGAUAGACAAAGACAGUUACUGGACCUUCGAGAACGGUCUUCCAACAGUAAUCACCACGUUACUCCAACUGAACAUGAACGGCUACCCUCUGGUGUUGCCAGAUAUGAUCGGUGGCAAUGGUUAUAAUGAACCUCCGUCGAAAGAACUAUUCAUACGGUGGUUGCAAGCGUCUACAUUUAUGCCGAGUCUACAGUUUUCGUAUGUGCCGUGGGAUCUUGAUAAUGAGACAAUAGCAAUAAGCAAGAAAUUCACUGAACUACACGAAGCAUUCGCGCCAAAACUACUAGAGGCGUGUGCGAGAGCUGUACAAGACGGGUCACCCGUCAACCCGCCUAUUUGGUGGAUAGAACCUAAUAAUACAGAAACUUAUGAUAUUUGGGACCAGUACAUGCUAGGUGAAACGAUUUUAGUUGCUCCUGUAAUAGAACAUGGCGCAAAGAAACGUGACGUCUACUUGCCAAACGGAAAAUGGCUGGCGCAAGGAAAUCCAGACAAAAUACAUGACGGUGGUGAUUGGAUAAGAGGUUAUUCAGCGCCAUUGGAUACUUUGCCUUAUUUUAUAAAAGUGUAGAAUAAGUUUAAGAGCUAGCGCCCAAGAGCAACUUUUGUCUCCGCAACUAUUUAGUCUCUCCCAUCAACUCUAGUAAGAAAGUGCGCGCACGUAGCGACGC